AUGCGCUACGUGGUACGCCUCCACUUCCUGGCGUCCAACAACAUGGUGGAGUACGAGGCCCUCCUCAGUGGUCUCCGCAUCGCCAUUGAGCUCGGCAUCAAAUGCCUCGACGUGCGGGGAGACUCUCAACUCGUCAUCGACCAGGUGAUGAAAGAAUCCAGCUGCCACGACCCGAAGAUGGAGGCAUAUUGCAACACGGUACGCCGCCUCGAAGACAAGUUCGACGGCCUCGAGCUCAACCACGUCGCACUCAAGUACAAUGAGGAGGCGGACAAACUGGCCAAGAUUGCGUCUGGACGGACCACCGUCCCCUCGAAUGUCUUCGCACGUGACCUCGCAAAGCCAUAUGUCGAUUUCAAGGAUCCAGCGGAGGCUAGCAGAAUGAACGCCGAGCCCACGGCCGAGGACCCCUCGACGGGUGAGUCCGAGGCCAUGGAGACAGAGAUAGAGAUCUCCUCGGCGGACGAGGCCGAGACGAUGCAAAUCGACGAGGCUCCGCUUUCACGAGACUGGCGUGACCAGUAUCUCGGCUGGAUAAACCGAGGGGUGCUACCCUCGAAUCGUGCUCAGGCGCGGCGCAUCGCCAGGUGGGCCAAGUCUUUCAUCUUGAUCGACGAGGAGCUAUACAAACGCAGCCCCUCGGGCAUCCUGCAACACUGCAUCCCCAUUCCCGGGGGCAGGGAACUGCUCCGAGACAUCCACGCCGGAGUUUGCGGCCACCAUGCGGCGCCGCGCAUCCUCGUGGGCAAUGCGUUCAGGCAGGGCUUUUACUGGCCCACCGCAGUCGCCGAUGACACUGAAAUCAUGCGGACUUGCAAGGGUUGCCAGUUCUACGACCGAAAGAAGUUCUUGGAGUUCUGCGACGACAACCACAUAUGCGUGGAUUGGUCAGCUGUGGCGCAUCCAUAA